GAAAAGAUGUGGAAUUAUAUGGAGAAACAGUGUCGAUGUGUUUACAAGGUUCAUCAUGUGAAGGUAGAUGCGGCUCUCUAUUGCGUAAUACAACUACGUGUAGUUGCGAUGCUGAAUGUUCAGUGUUUGGGGACUGCUGCUACGACGUCUCUGAAACAUGUCAGCUAGUGACACAAAACAGAACAAUACUCCAACAUGAGACAACAUUAGUAAAAGAGACUAUGUGUUUCAAAACUGAUCCAGAAAACUUCAAGAUAGGAUAUCACGUCAUCUCGACGUGUUCAAACAAAUCAAGUGACACAACACUUAGGUUAACAUGCGAACAACCGGACGCACAUAAUAUUAUACAGCAGAUCCUAGUAACCGAUUAUCGUGGAAAUGUAUAUAGAAACAUUUAUUGCGCAGCAUGUGACGGCAUCAAGAAGACAGACGUAGUUGCUUGGCAUGUAGCCGCUUCGUGCAAUUCAAGUGACGUUGAACGUCAUUUGACGAAUGUCUCAACAACAAUUAAUCGGGAAACGAUGUUGCACAAAAAACUGGGACAAGAAGUAACUUGUUUUUCAUACAAAUACACACCACCAACAAACAACACAAAACCUCCCCGGCCUUGCCAUUAUAUGCAACGAAAAGAAACGUGUGCUCAUCUUGUUGACAAAGAACAAGUUGAAAUCGGAUGUGCCGCUUACUCGGCCACAGUGUAUGCUGAUGACACUGCAUAUAAGAAUCCUCAUUGUGCCAUUU